GGGUGGGAACAAACCGUGCGAGGCGCACGGAGCCCGGCACGCGCACGGCCCCCGCCCCCCGCGCAGCGAAGGGGGGAGGCGGCGCCGGGGGGGCCGAGGGCAGCGCCCCGCCGCGGGAGGGGGUGGCCGGGGCUGCGCUGCGCACCUGCGGGGCGCCGAGCGGGGCGGGCGAGGAGGAGGAGGAAGAAGAGGAGGAGGCGGCCGGAGGCGCGGAGCCAGCCGGCGGCCGCGCAGCCCGCCUCCGGCUUGGCCAGCCGGCUUGGCCCCGAGGAGAUGGAGCAGGAGAAGUACCUGCCCGAGCUGAUGGCAGAGAAGGACAGCCUGGAUCCCUCCUUUGUUCACGCCAUGCGCCUGCUGGCCGACGAAAUUGAAAAAUUUCAGGGUUCUGAAGGCAAGAAGGAAGAUGAAGAAAAGAAAUAUCUUGAUGUUAUCAGCAACAAAAACAUAAAGCUGUCAGAAAGAGUUCUGAUCCCUGUCAAACAAUAUCCAAAGUUCAAUUUUGUUGGGAAAUUGCUUGGACCAAGAGGAAACUCCUUGAAGCGGUUACAAGAAGAAACAGGUGCAAAAAUGUCUAUCUUGGGGAAAGGCUCCAUGAGGGAUAAAGCCAAGGAGGAAGAACUGAGGAAAAGUGGAGAAGCCAAAUAUGCACACUUGAGUGACGAGCUUCAUGUAUUAAUUGAAGUGUUUGCUCCACCUGGGGAAGCAUAUUCUCGUAUGAGUCAUGCCUUGGAAGAAAUAAAAAAAUUCCUCGUUCCAGAUUAUAAUGAUGAAAUUCGUCAGGAGCAGCUGAGAGAGCUAUCAUAUUUGAAUGGUUCUGAGGAUUCAGCACGUGGACGGGGUAUUCGAGGAAGAGGGAUCCGUGUGCCACCUGCAGCUCCUUCAAGGGGCCGUGGGGGUGCAAUUCCUCCGCCCCCACCUGGACGAGGUGCCCAAGCCCCCAGAGGAGCACCAGUGACACGUGGAGCACUUCCCGUCCCACCAGUAGCAAGGGGCGUUCCUACCCCUCGAGCAAGGGGUGCCCCAGCAGUGCCAGGCUACAGACCACCCCCGCCACCUGCACAUGAGGCAUAUGAAGAAUAUGGAUAUGAUGAUGGAUAUGGGGGUGAAUAUGAUGAUCCAAGCUAUGAGGCAUAUGAUAACAGUUAUGCCACCCAAACACAAAGAUGUCAGGAUACACAGUUGUACUCAUCUGUGUUGAGUGGUACUGAAGGCCACAAGUAACCUUUUGACUUCAGUGAGACACUUGAGGAAUAACAUGCUACUCAGAUUUCAAAGGUGUAAAGAACAAAUGGACCAUUACAGAUGCAGUUUGGGUCUCUGCACCUUAUUGGCUAUUUAUCUUCACAGAAAUAGCUCCUUAUUGAACUGAAAUAGCACAACAGAACAGAAUGGUUUGACCAUGAUAUUUGGUUAGGUGUAUAUACCAGAAAGUUUUCUCACAAUCAAAGAUCUUGUUUUUAGUGUAACUCUGAUUACAGGAGCAAUACUUAUUAAGCACACAACUAACAAGGUAAUUUGUAACACUUCAGAGUACUUAUUCAUCUCGUCCACUGUGUGAUUUACAGGGGGAAAAAAAUAUUGUAGACAAUCUGUCUUCAGAGAGGAAAAAAAAAAAAAAAAUCAUUACUGCCCUCUGCAGGGAUUGAGUGAAAUUCUGAAGCAUGAGAUGAGAGAUAAUUGAAGUCUGUGGCUUAAUGCAGAGCUCCAAGCUUUUUUCUCAUGUUAAGGGCAGAGUUUCCACUUGCUUUUUACAGCUCAUUAAAGAAUUAAUAUGGAAACUCUUACUCUAGACCAAUCUCUGGUCUUACUAUGUCUCACCAUGCUUAUUGACAAGACCUUACUCUCAUUGUCGCCUCAAACUGUAGAAUGUCUGGGGGAGGGGGGGGGCGGGGGGAGAGGGGGGAACUAAACACAAGCUGAAUUCAGCGUGCUUUAGAGCAGAGCACAUGAUACAUUGUGCCUUGUUCCCCUAUGCACCCAAUACACAGAGUACCCAUUUAGGUAGCCUGCCACCACUAUCGCUGUUAACAAUACCUUUGUCUUCCAGACCUUAUAUUUAUUUCCCACUUUCUCACCAGAGGCUUCCUGCCCAUAUAUACAUUUCUCCUGAAGGCCCUUAGUCCUUCAUUGCCUAAGAGGUAUGAUUUAGAUAUUUUAUAAAUUAGUUGCUGCCAAUAGCAGAGAAAAUGAGCACGCUGUUAGCAUACACCACUGUGCUAUUACACAGGAUUAUGACUUAGAAGGAGCAGCAAAAAUGCCCAGCACCCAGAUCACCCAGAUAUUAUGUGGAGAUAAACUCUGUUUUUCUGUGUACGGUUAUCUGAAGAUUAGUACUUAAAGUCAAGGACAGAGUUUCAGGCCCAGCAACACACUUUGUAUAGGUCCUUCUUUAAUGACUUCUACCACUGCCACCCUUCCAGAGAGUUUGUCUUCCAUGACAGCAGUCUGAUUUUAG